AUGACCAAGUGUUUAUUAUUCCUCUUAUCUCUUUGUUUACUUGCUUUUGUUGGGUUUUCAUCAACUUCCCCUUGUCAAAAUCCUCGUAAUUCUAAUAGGGAAGUAUUCGACACAUUGGGUAGAGGAAUUAAUCCUCGUUCAAAUUAUCGUAUCGCUUCAUCUCUCGGAGGUGUCCUAAGUGGUCAUGUAUACCUAGGUCACAUCCCAAAUUCAGGUGCCUCUUGUCCAGACGGCGUCUUCAAGUACAACUCCGAUGGACAAAGAGGUACACCUCUUAGAUUUAUUGAACAUUCUUGUAGAGGACAACCACCUCGCAUCUAUGAAAACCAAGACAUUAACAUCCAGUUCGUUGGUUCGAGGAAUUGUGAUAAUUUUAUAAAUUGGAAAGUGGGAGAGUACAAUGCAACACUAGAGGCAAGUUUGUUUGGGACUCGUGGAGGAACGAUAGGAAGAGCAGAUAGUAGUUGGUUUAAAAUAGUGAGAGCAGAAAGAGGUUACCAUUUGUUGAAUUGUCCUGGUCCUUUUGUAUGUCCAAAUUGUGCUCUUAAUCAAUGUCGAGUAGUGUGGGUGGUUGUGUUAGAUGGAAGAAGGCGUUUGGCUCUCGCCACAAGACAAACGCCUUCUCAAGGGCUCCGUUUCCCUCUUAGUGUCUACUUUGUGCGCGCAUAA